CUACUCUGUCACACUAUGCUUCGACGACAACUCGUUCGACACGCUUCGACAAAUGUAGUUGGACAGUCCCCAGUCCCAACCCCCCUCUGUCUUUCUCUCACCACCCCAUUCAAAUGCAGAAAGGGUGACCCUGAUGCCGUCAAGGACGUUGUUGUCCUCGACCCUACUGUUUUCGGUCACCCCAUUCGCCGAGACAUCCUCCAUCUUUGUGUCACGCACUACCGCGACUCUCUUCGUCAAGGCUCAGCGAACACCAAGACCCGCAGUGAGCGGAGUGGGACAGGAAGGAAGCCGUUCAACCAGAAGGGUGGAGGUGUUGCUCGUGCCGGAGAUUUGCGGAGCCCUCUUCACCAUGGUGGAGGUGUUGCAUUCGGUCCCAAACCACGCGACUUUUCCACCGAACUGCCGCGAAAAGUGCUACAAAUGGGCAUGCGUGUUGCCCUCAGUCUCAAAGUCAAAGAAAGUCUACUGGGCGUCAUGUCUUCGAUGGAUUGGCCCAAUGGCAAAACAAAACAUCUUGCGCAGAAGAUUGACGCGUUGGGACUCCGUCGUACUCUCUUCGUGACUGGAGAGCAAGCACCUGUUGGUCUUGACAGAGCUAUUCGGAACAUCCCACUAACACAACUCACAACACUCGACCAACUCACCGUCUACGACAUUCUAAAAUGGCCGCGGGUAAUAUUGGAUCUGAAAGCUGUAGAUUUGAUAGAGCAGACACUACGCAAGCAAGUUCCAAUAUCUCAGUCACACUCUUCGGAUUUGUCUCCUUCAUUAGAAUUAACCUCGUAG